GGGCAUCAGUUCCACCCCAUCUCUCCAUCAGCUCACAAGCCGGGUACACUGAGAACCAUGUGGAAGGAAGUACUGCUAGUUGGCUUUGCGAGUGUUGUCCUGCAGGCCCCGCAGGCACAGAGCGCAGCAGAGAGCGUACCCUUCCCCGGCUAUCUUCCAGGCGAGAAUGUCAGGGCGAAGGCACCCGAAGGAGACGGAGGCCCCAAUGACAUCUACGCCCAUCUACCUGUACGGCGUCCCGAGCUGGACGACGACCAGGUAGUCAUCUACCCGCACAGUCUGGUCUUCGAGUACGGCCAAGACCCAGAGCAUCACAUCUACGAAGUGCACUCGGCCAAGGAACUGGCCAAUCUCGCACACUCCAAGCACGACAAGCAUGGCAAGCACGCACACGACCACCACCAUCACGAUAAGGGCACCAAGGAAGCAGCAGCCAAAGGCACACCCAAGAACCUCAAGCCCGCCCCUCCUGUCAGCAAGUCUGUUCCUCCUCCUCCUCCUCCUUCUCCUCGUCCUGCUCACCCCCAUCCCCUCCCACCUCAGCGCCCCCAUUCCUAUGGCCCUCCCCCUCCUCCUCCCCAUGGAUCCUACCCUCCUCCUCCCGGCGCCUAUCCUCCUCCUCGUCCCUAUCCCUACCAAGCUCACCGCGGUUAGAUAGGUGACCCUCUCCCCGCUUCUGUAUAUAAUGCUGUCAUUCUUCCUCCUCUAGGCUUAGGUUCCAAUGCCCAUUUCAUUAUGCUAGCUUCCCCUUUCACACCCCCGUCCUUAUAACAUUCGUGUCCGAUUAACUGUGAAUAUCCCGUAGAGAAAACUAAUCCAGUUUAUGGGAGUUUAAAGCCACGCAGUUCUUCUAAGGAAAUUAUUUUCACUGCUCAAUACUAAAGCGUGGUUCCCAUGAACAAAAUCCUGAGCUCCCCAUCCUAUCGUUCCGUCAUGUUCCUAUAUCGUCGUCAGCAGGUGUUAUCCUGCGUUAUCCUUCCCCAGUGCUUGAAUGCGACGCACUAACCAUGCCCUUUGCCAGAAACAGCAUCCUUGCCCAGACCCCGUAUCCUCGUCUGCCCCCGUCGGCCUGUCACAUCGUUACCCCAUCAUUGCCGUCCCAAGUCCUGUACCCCAGAGUCCUGCCGCUCACCCCGUCUAACGGAUGACGACUAACAAUUUUGCUAGCUGAGCUCCUUUGCCUGGCUACAGAUCCUCCCCCGUCCUGUCCCAUGCAACCAUGAUCCUUCAUUUACUAACGGUCUCAUGCCCAUUCGUCUCCAGCCUCCUU